AAAUCACAGCCCCGUGCAGCCCGAGCUCUCAUUCACAGCUUUCUAGAGAAAUCUGAGCUCCAACCUGCCAGCAUAGGGGGGAUCUCACCCACCCAGUUCAGCCACGAGGACACCUGCAGAAACCCAAUCCCCAAGCGAGCCCGGGCGGCUGUGUGAAGUAAGCCAUGGCCCCCAUUGUGUUUCUGAUUUGGAUACCAUCACCACCUAGGGCCUGAAUUUCCUGAGGCUUUCCAGGAACAGAAAGAAGACCCUCUAUUUGGCUGUUUUGAUGGCGGUCUGCUAGCAGGAAAGCUGUUGAAUGGGCCACGAUUUCAGUACUCCAUCACGUGAAUGGGACCAGUCUCUCUUUCUCCAACACAUCAGAAAUUAACCACUCAGAAAGGAGAUUCGGCCAAGAUGACCCAUUUGCAGGCAGGACUAAGUCCAGAGACUAUAGAGAAAGCACGCCUGGAACUGAAUGAAAACCCAGAUAUUUUACAUCAAGACAUUCAGCAAGUCAGGGACAUGAUCAUCACCAGGCCUGACAUUGGAUUUUUACGUACAGAUGAUGCCUUCAUCCUAAGAUUUCUCCGAGCUAGGAAGUUUCACCAAGCGGAUGCCUUUAGACUCCUGGCUCAGUACUUCCAGUACCGCCAGCUAAACCUGGACAUGUUCAAAAACUUCAAGGCAGAUGAUCCGGGCAUUAAGAGAGCUCUCAUUGACGGCUUCCCUGGAGUGCUGGAAAACCGUGAUCACUAUGGCAGGAAGAUUCUUCUGCUCUUUGCUGCCAAUUGGGAUCAGAGUAGGAACUCCUUCACAGAUAUCCUGCGUGCCAUCUUGCUGUCAUUGGAAGUGCUCAUUGAAGAUCCUGAGCUUCAGAUAAAUGGCUUCAUUUUAAUUAUAGACUGGAGUAAUUUUUCCUUCAAACAAGCCUCUAAACUGACACCUUCCAUCCUUAAACUGGCCAUUGAAGGGUUGCAGGACAGCUUUCCUGCCCGCUUUGGAGGAGUCCACUUUGUUAACCAGCCCUGGUACAUUCAUGCCCUGUACACACUCAUCAAGCCAUUCCUGAAAGACAAGACCAGGAAGCGGAUUUUCCUGCAUGGAAACAAUUUAAACAGCCUUCACCAACUAAUACACCCUGAAUUUUUGCCCUCUGAAUUUGGAGGAACGCUUCCUCCUUAUGACAUGGGAACUUGGGCCCGGACAUUACUUGGGCCUGACUACAGUGAUGAAAAUGACUAUACCCACACCUCCUACAAUGCCAUGCACGUGAAACACACGUCCUCCAACCUGGAGAGAGAAUGUUCACCCAAGCCCAUGAAAAGAUCUCAGUCUGUGGUAGAAGCUGGGACCCUGAAACAUGAGGAGAAGGGAGAGAAUGAGAAUACGCAGCCUCUCCUGGCUCUGGACUGAGCCCCGAGUCACUGGACGUGUCUGCACACCAGCCUUCAAUGGUUUCAGUCACCAGGAAGCGCUUGCUACAGGUCCUCCACUCCCGCCCUUGCAACGACUGUCACAAACCAUUGGUUUGAACAGCCAAAGUUGGACAAAGCUUUGAGAGAUUCCUCUUCUUCUUUUUCUUAAGGGAGGGGAUGGGAGAUGAAACAAGACAUUUAUGUAAUAAAAAAAAAAAGAUUCUCCCUCCCUACAUAUUUAUGGUAACAAAUGAAUUUAAAAAGUAGAAAAGCUAAACUUGAUGCACACACUACAUUAGGACUAGGAUUUUUCUGAGGAAUCACAUGGUGAUCCUCUCCAGUUUUUACAAAUUAAGAUAAAGUGCAUUAAGUACAUCAGUUAAACUGGGCAGAUGUGAUUGUCUAGUUCAAUAGAGUGUAGAGCUCUGAGGAACAGUAUCUCCAGUAAUUUCCAUUCUUAUUGACUUUUCUCUGACCUCAUCACCAGCAUUGAAUUUUUCAGCAUAACAUGUUCUCAUAGGUCUGGCUAUUUUUAAAAUUUUCUUAUUUUGAUAUCCUGCAAAAAAUGAUUUUGACAUAACAUCUUUGUCAGGCUACCAGCUGACUUCCAUGAGCUGUCUUUUAAAGAAGACACUUAUAAUUUGAAAUAUGAUUAUUUCAUCAUAGCAGCAUGAUUUCCCACAGGCGUCCUGAGAACCCAUUAGUACAGCGUGUGUCUGCAGAAAGGAGGUGUCUUGUUGAAAACACAUGUCAGUGAUUAAUGAAUCCAUUCAAGUUGACUCACUUGGGUCAGUACAGCAAAGGCAAGUUCUACCAUGCCAUUUAGUCUCCUAGCCUCCCACAACCAUCAAAGUACGGACAAAGGGCCCAGCUAUUGCUCAGACCGACAGUAACCACGGAGGCAAACCUUAAGGAUAGGUAAAAAAGGAAAGCAUUGAAAUAAAAAAAGACUAGGAAUGCAGGAUGAAAUGCCAAAGAUCGUUUUAUCUCUUUACCUAUUCUCCUUAGAAACAGACUUCCAAAUACCCACUUAAAGGAAAUGAGAUAUAAAAUAAAAGUUAUAUCAUAGAUAUACUAUAUGUAUUUGUGCAACAAUUCCCAAGACAAACUGUACCUUUUCAGAUAUCUCUUAUUUGCCCAGUAAUCUGUAUGUUGUGGACAUUUAUUAGGUGCUCAAUGUCGGGGGGAAAAUCUAGUUGUUACUGGGCAGGAAAAUGACUGCAUAUUAAAUAUUUGAGAAGAUGAAUUAUUAGCUAAACAAUUCAAAGAAAAAGCAAGUCAUUCAAGUGGCUACUAUCAUUCCCAAAAGAUGUUGUGCAUCAUAACCACUUAACACUCUCUUUUCCUAUGGAUCUAUUGUUUUAUUUUUUUUUCUUACUGGUAGAGAAUAAUAACAGAUUUCACAUUUAUAGUCUACACAUGAAGAACUAAAAUCAAAAGAAUUAAAAAUAUUUCCCCAA